UUUCCAGGACUGUCUGCUUUGACUGCCAUGCCCCUGUUUAGCUGGAUGAAAUGGACCCACGAAAAAAGAGUGCAGGCUCAGGAUGAAGCACCUCUAAAGACCUCAAGGGUCUUACCUAGUCACAUGUUGAUCAGAGAGCUUCUGUGGCAUGUGGAAGAACGUGAGCAGCUUGCAAGGGAAACUGUGGGUCUCCACUGGUUUCAGAAGUACCCAAGGUUACGGACCUUCAUCCCCACAUCAGAGCUACAUCAGCUGGAGCUCCUGUGUGCCCAGAUCCCACCCAGCCACGCAGCCACCGUACUAUCUAGGUUUCGUGAAGUGCUUGCCACAAAUAACAUUAGUCCUUGGGAGCUGGCGUCUGUCUUCAAGCAGGUGCUAAGGGACUUGAGCCAAAAAGAAUAUGAUGAAGAGCACAACCUCUCAGUGCAGCCAGCACAGCUCCGACCAAUGGAAGCUUGGACCAGCCGCUACAUAAUGAAGCAGGGUUUUGUAACACCCCCUGUCGCCAACUGUGGAGACCAACCAAGGGAGGAGAUCCCAACGAUCUCUGGAUACGUGGAUCGGGCCAUGCGGCACUCUGGUUCAUUAGCAGGGUCCAACAGAAACUGGGACCUUCCAUAUUACUAUCCAGUUUCUCUCAGACCCAUAGGGACGUACAGCACUACACUGUGAGACAACACACUGCUGUAGUUUUUGUGUUCAACACAAGGAAAAGACAUCCACAACAUGGGGUCAAAAUGCAUGAACUCGACUAUAUGUAUUAGUUGCAGAUAUAUCAUGUAAAGAUGCCCCAAUCACGUUUUUUCAGCCUCAGAUAUCGAUUGUCGAUCAUCAGUGAGCAAUACUUGUCAUUAGAGGGCCAAUGACAAUUAUUUUCGUGUUGUUUUGUUUAGUUACAGCCGCUAAUAUAGCCGUGUAAAGAAUUGACCAGUUUGCCUGUUUGUAGUGUAUUGGGAUCUCCACCAGGUGGUAGUGUAACUGGCUGUACAAUGGUGUGUCACUCUUAAAGUAGCCUUGCUUUGACAGACCAUCCACACAAGGAGGUUGGGAGAAAAACGUGCUCUGGUCUAUUGGCGUGUCUUUAAACCAAUCACAAUCGUCAUGGGCGGCACUAAGCUCUGCACAGAGCCGCAGUAAAAUAGUAGUGCGAGAGAAAACUCCAAUGUGACAGAUAGUCUAGCUAGCAGAGAUCUGUGGAGUAGUCAACCAUGGUCCUCAUAAAAACACCGCUUUUUAAAAUUAAAAAAACAAAGAAAGCGGAAGGAAAUAGAAAUCAGCAAAAAUAAGUGCAUCCAGCUGAAUUUUCUGUUGCACCUUAUCAAUCCUGGAAGUGGAAAGUCAAGGAUAUAGACUACUCUAAAUCCAUCUAUGGCGAUAAAGUGAGCAUCAGGUGGCGACAACAGUUAAGAAUAAGCACCAAAAUGACUAGUUAUCGUUGCUUGUGUUAUGAUCUGGCAUUUGGGUGACGCCUUUUUA